AUUGAUUACUAGUAGGUUCCAGCGCAACCGUGUAAAGAUAUAUAAUCAUGCUGCCAACCUAAAACCAUCGAUUUUGCCCCUCCUUAUCGUAUUCUACUGACCAAUACUCCCGCGAAACCGCAAAACUACUCAACAUUCUCAUACAACGGAUACUAAAACAGCUAAAUGUCCGUCGAAACCCUUCCGAUAACGCCUGUUGCCUUCGCGGAGGCUAUCAAAGAGCUGAGCCUCCCCGUCCUCUACGCCAAAGUUGCCGAACUGAGAAACUCCGUCGCACAUCUCCAGCGCUCAAACCAAGAACUCCGCCUCUUCAUUACGGAGUCAUGCGAAAGCGACGCCGAAAAACAAGAGUUGGAGGGAUAUAUUGCGGAGAACGAAGGGGUGAAGGGGUCCAUGAAUGAGCGGAUUCGGCUGUGCAAGGCGGAAGUUGAAGGAAGGGGCAACGCUUGGAUCGAGCUAGACCCCGAAGCGAAUGAGGCUACAACUACGAGGAGGGAAGAAAACCAGGAGCGGGAACAAGACCGACCAGCUGCCCCGGGAUCUACAGCCGGUGCUGCAGUGAAUGGUGCAAGUUCGACCGCAAAUGAACCAACGGAGGAAUCAGGAACGGAGGAAUCAAGAAGCCGAGAUGGGGAUGGAGACGAGGGAGUAUAUCUUUGAUGAUUUGAGUUGGAUUUCAUCUCUCACUUGGCCACGUUCUUCCAGGAAGGGAUAUUUCGCUCGGUAACGAGCCCCUUCUUGCGAUGAGAUACCAGGUCUGAACUACACGGGCCAUCACCGGCAGGUGACCACGCACCUGAUCGCCGCCAGACAG